AUGACCCUAAAUGGUGUUCUAAUUCUGGGGAUCCUUGCCCUGACCACCACAAUGAGCCCCUGUGGUGGUGAAGACAUUGUGGCUGACCACGUUGCUGCCUACGGCAUAAAUGUCUACCAGUCUCACGGUCCCUCUGGUCAGUUUACCCAUGAAUUUGAUGGAGAUGAGGAGUUCUACUUGGGUCUGGAGAAGAAGGAAACUGUCUGGAGGCUUCCUGGGCUUAGCACAUUUGCAACUUUUGACCCACAGAGUGCACUGAGAAAUUUGGCUAUAACAAAACAAAACUUGAACAUCCUGAUUAAAUCCUUCAACUAUACUGCUGCUACCAAUGAAGUUCCUGAGGUGACUGUGUUUCCCAAGUCUCCUGUGACACUGGGACAGCCCAACACCCUCAUCUGUCUUGUGGACAACAUCUUUCCUCCUGUGAUCAAUGUCACGUGGUUGAAGAAUAGGCUCUCAGUCACAGAAGGUGUUUCUGAAACCAGCUUCCUCGCCAAAAAGGAUCAUUCCUUCUUUAAUUACCUCACCUUCCUCCCUUCUGCUGAUGAUAUUUAUGACUGCGAGGUAGAGCACUGGGGCCUGGAUGAGCCACUUCUCAAACACUGGGAACCUGAGAUCCCAACCCCUAUGUCAGAGUGGACAGAGAUUGUGGUGUGUGUCCUGAGACUGUCCAUGGGCCUCAUGGGCAUCGUGGUGGGCACUGUCUUCAUUAUCCAAGGCCUGAGCUCAGGUGGUGCCUCCGGACAUCAAGGGCCUUUGUGA